AUGGCCAAGAGUGUGGAUGAUGAUUUUUUAUUUCCAUCACCAGAAGUUUCGUCUCAAGAAUAUGCACCACAAGAAGAGCACCUUCGUGACAUGGAAGAUGAGGGUUUUCUUGAUGCGAGCAAAUUACACUACCAAAGAAGACAAGUUGUUGUGGGGUGCAUGGAAGAAAAUUGGUCCUGGUCCGGUUAUAGGGAGGAAGAACGACAAGGACAAGUUGAAGAAGGGAGGAGACAAUCACUUCAAGGAAUCAUUGGACAACAUCAUGGCAAUAAUGAAGGAGAUGGCCAGAAAAGGAAGAACUUGAAGGCCAAAGAAAUGGAGGAGAGAAGGGAGGUUGAGGAGAGGAGAACGCCGACCAAGAAGAGUAGGGCUGAGUUUGAGGAGAGGAAGGCGGCCUACGAUGAAACAAUCAAGAGCUUGGAAGUGAGGAAAAGCUUAUGUUCAUGGGCCCAAGUGAUCUUGAUGAGAAGGGAAUACCAUACUUUGAACUUAUGCACAUUCAGGUGUUGGCCGAAAGGUCAAUGUGAGACUUCUUGGGAGGUUCGGAGGCAUGGGUGGCAUGAAAGGAUUCAUGGGUGGCAUGGGUGA